AUGGGUGAUAGGAGAAAAUUACAGGGUGAAAUCGACCGUUGUUUGAAAAAAGUGACGGAAGGUGUGGAAACAUUCGAGGAUAUCUGGCAAAAAGUACACUCAGCGCCAAAUCACAACCAAAAAGAUAAAUAUGAGCAAGAACUGAAGAAAGAAAUUAAGAAAUUACAACGUUUGAGAGAUCAAAUAAAAGCAUGGAUAUCAUCGACAGAAAUCAAAGACAAAAAACAGCUGCAAGAAGCAAGGAAAAAUAUCGAACUACAAAUGGAAAGAUUCAAAGUGGUAGAAAGAGAAACAAAAACGAAAGCAUAUAGUAAAGAAGGUUUAGGAGCUGGACAAAAACUCGAUCCACAAGAAAAAGAGAAAGAGGAAUGUAAUCAAUGGAUUGCGGAAGCCAUUCAUGAAUUGAAUAUUCAAAUUGAUAAAUUCGAAGCCGAUAUCGACGCGUUGUCAGCAUCACUCAAGAAGAAGAAGUCGGAUAAAGAUAAACAAGAACGUUUAGAAGAAACUAAACAUUCGUUAGAACGUCAUAAAUUUCAUAUUGAAUCUCUGGAAAAAAUUCUUCGUGCAAUUAACAAUGACGCAUUAGAUCCGAAAACCAUUCAUAGCUUACGAGCUGAUAUUGAAUAUUAUGUGGAAUCAAAUCAAGAAUCAGAUUUUAAAGAAAAUGAGUUAAUGUAUGAAGAAAUUGACAUGGACGAUUUAAUCACAUUGAUGGCGCCAGUUCUUGCUGUGCCGAUCACGCAAUCUCACCCACCAUCGUUGUCGAAUGGCAUCAGUAGUAGUUUAAAUUCCAAUCAUAUCGAUAUUAGUUCGUCAUCCAAUCAUGGAUCGGAUCGUGUGACAGCAACAAGUGCAACAACUAAUUCGAAUCACGGUGAUAACGAAUCAUUGAUGGGUUUGACGACACCAUCAUCAACGCAAGCAAGUUCGCCCAGUGCUAGUCCAGCAUUAUCAUUAACAGAGGAUCGAAAACGAAAUAAAUCUGAAUCUGAAGAUAACCAAUCUCAACGACAUAGAACAAAUUCGGGUGCAAACCAUUCGACAACAACCUACGUAUCAUCGCCGAAAACUUCUUUGCAAUUACAGCAACAGUCACCUAGCGUAUCAACAACAACUAAAUCUACGUUACCUACAGUUUCAACUCCUGCGUCAGCAUUGUCGACAAGUGCACCACCACAUUUCGCAUAUCCAGCAGCAACCACAACCACAGCAACAUCUACAACUUCAGCAUUACCUGUUCUGCAAUAUUCAGCCAUUGUUUCACAGAAUACUGUACCAUCCACGUCAACUACUACUACAAGUAGCAACACAAAUACAUCUAAACAGCAACAACAACAACAUGUACUCUCGCCACCAGCAAAGCAACAACAACAACAGCAAUCAAGGCAAUUACUCAAUGGAUCUGGAGCAAUCUCGAUUCUCAAUGAUUCGAUAGUAACGACAUCAUCAACUUUGCCGAUAUCAUCAGUUACAACAACGGUUACAAAUUCAUCUAAUACGUCUCAUCCACCCUCACUAUUAUCGACAGCAAAUGAUCGAUCAGGAAUCUUACCUCAGCAUAUUCUCAACAACAUUUCAUCUCAAAUGAAUACACCAUCAUCAACAGCACCAGUAAUUCCAUCGUCGUUAUACUCAAGUACAAGCUCAGGUCUAUCAAAUUCAAACAUUCCUCUUGAUACAUCUCCGUCAUCGGCAAAUAUUAUCGACCCAGCAAUCGUUUCCCAACAGCCAUCAAUUUUAUCACGGCCGAUCAGUGAGAAUGAUCGCUCGACGGUUAUGAGCAAUGGCUCUUCAGAUGGACAUUCAUUAUUAGAUAAUACCUUUCCAAAUGUUCAAUCGUCUUUCUUAUCGAACAACAAUACAAACAUUGCCGAGAUUCCAGCCACUAAUGGCGGUGUUAUUGGUCAAUUAGCAAGUGGUAUACCAAUCAAUCCUGAGCAUCAUUCGCAUCGUUAUAGUUUACAGUCGACAUCGUUGAAUAUUCUUCAACAGCAAUCAAUAUCAGCAGGUCGUGUGCCAUUAACACAGGCAGAAAUGCGUAUGCUCAAUCGACUGAACUCAGCAUACGCAAAAUUGCCAUCUCUACUCGAAUCAGAGCGACAAAGAACAAAUGCCAAUCGAAUUUAUGGUCGAGGUUCACUCAGUCAAUCGCAAACUAUUCCAUACUAUCCUCAAACACCACCAGCGGGCAGUGAUACACCUGAAUUCUACUAUCGCUUAGCGCCUGAUACACUCUUCUUCGUCUUUUAUUACAUGGAGGGAACACGUGCACAAUAUUUAGCAGCAAAAGCCUUGAAACGUCAAUCGUGGCGUUUUCAUACCAAACAUAUGAUGUGGUUUCAAAGACACGAAGAACCAAAAACAAUCACUGAUGACUAUGAACAGGGUACAUACAUAUUUUUCGACUACGAACGAUGGCAAACACGUAAACGUGACAAUUUCAUAUUCGAAUACAAGUUUUUGGAAGAUCGAGAAUUUUGA